AUGUCGGACUUGCAAGCACUUCAUCUCUUCGUUAGGAAGCCAGUUUCCGAAGAGAUGAUCCAUUUCUUGGUCUGCACGACAAACUCAGUUAUUCAGGUUUCUUCACCAGCUCAGCAGUAUCCUACACCACCUACUUCUCCUUCAGGUAAACAACCAUCCGAUGGAAUACCGACUCUUUCGAAGUUUAUCGAGAGACUCGUCCGGCACUCAAACGUGCCAACUUCUACAUUAAUGGCUUCUCUAGUUUAUCUCACACGGCUCAGGGAUACUUUGCCACCAGAUGCCGUCGGAAUGGAGACUACCAGGCACAGAAUUUUCCUUGCGUCUCUCAUUUUGGCUGCGAAAGUGUUGAACGAUUCCUCUCCUCUCAAUAAGCACUGGUGCAAGUACACAAACGGACUGCUUUCAAUGCAAGAGGUUAAUGCCUCUGAAGCCGAGCUCAUCGACUACUUGGGCUGGUCAAAUCUUCGGAUCACAAAUAAAGACCUCGUGAGAAAUCUUGGCCACUUUUUGGAGCCGAUCAAGUGGAAGCUCAGGCGUAAAAAUGAGCACAAACUCUCGGAGGCAAGAUCAAGAUACCUAAAGCAUAGCAAGUCAUCAUUAUCGCUUCACUCGUCUCUCAAAACUUCGUCUACUAUGCUUUCAAUCGCCUCAGAGCAAGAAUUCGAUUCUCCAACACCACCGCUCUUUUCGUUUGGAAAAUCUUCGAUAUCAUCAUCUUCUAGCCGCCGGAGUGUGAGUUCUCCACUGGAUUUGUCUUCUACUUCUGUUCCUUCACUUAUUUCAUCUUCGUCUUCUGCUGCAACCUCUUCUAGCACUUUAUCGAGUGCACUCGCCGAAAAUCAUCUUCAUGAAGCCUCGAGGCCAAAUCUGGGUGACAUACCGCUAAAGACACUUCAUCUCAGUGGUUAUGGUAAAGAAAACAACAGGCCCGGCAAAGAUAGCCUGUUGGCUAACAGAGAUGCUUCUAUUCGGUUGAGUACUUACGCUUGA